AUGUCGUGGAACUUGCAUGGUAAGUCGCUGGAGGCCCUUGCUGAUCUGAUGACAGGCACAUGUACGCCACCUGAUGUGCUGAUGCUUCAGGAACUGGGAGGGAUACGAGACUUGGAGUUGGGGGCUCAGAGGGUCCAGGAGUGGUCCCUUGGCCCUAAAACGUAUAACGUUUAUGUAGUCAACACCACGGCCAGCUUCCGGUGCGUGGCAGUAGCUGUGUGCACGGCGCUCAUCCAUGCUCGCCCGGAGGUCGUGCCCCAUCCCCUUGGACUGUUAGUUAAACUCGCUAGCGACAGGGGUCAUUUCUGUCUGUCCUCCCUUCAUUUUCCGCAUGAACAGCGAGCGGACGCUGUGGAGGUAUGGACCACUGGAAUUCAGAGUUUGCAAGUGCAGUUAUCAGCUCUUUCUCAGCAUACACAGAUUGUUCUUGGCUGUGAUCUUAACCAGAAUUAUGCGAGCCAGGUAGACAGCUUCCCCGGCAUGUCCCAUAUGCGCAGUCUCGUACAUGUUCAUGGCUUGCGUGGUUCCGCUCCAUUGGGCGGGACGUGGCAUGCCAGAGGGCUCUCCACCCCAAUCGACUGGUGGCUGUUCAGGACGCACGGGUGCCAGGCUCAGUUUUGGAAAGAUGAGGGUAUGCGACAGGCUCUCCCCAGUGACCAUGACCCCAUCUUUCUGCAGAUCACGGUAUCCGCACAUUGGUUUCAAAGAACGUGGCGACCUCAGGAUAAAACAGGGCAGUGGAACUAUCGCUCGGAGAUCCGAGAACAAGGCCUCCGGGACCCCGAAUUCAUCUACAACCAGGACAGUAUUUCAGAGUUGUGUCAGAAGGCGGCCACGCGCCCCCCGAAUUUACGGUAUUCAGACUCCCCCCGAAUUCAAGAAUUAAUUGCAGAGCGCAAGUCGUGCAUGUGCCCUGAAAAACGUGCCCUCCUCAUGAAGCAAAUCCGGGAAACCCGGACUGCGGACAAAGCACAGCACAAGACGGACCUCCUCCAGAGGGCCCGCCAGGGUGACCGCCGAGCCAUCUCCUUCUUGCGACGAAGCGCGGCGGGGGCAUCCUUUGAGGGAGGGUAUGUGGCGGCUAGGGGUGGGCUUCAACAGGCAGCGGAGGAACUCGCCGAUUUCUACCGACACAAAUACGCCCGGGAAGAUGCGGAACCGGAUCCGGUCAGAGUUCAUGCCGCCUCUGUAGCCCCCCCCCCCGCCCCCAUCACCCAUGAAGAUUUGGUGGCAUGUAUACAGGAGAUGAAGCGAGGUGUCAGCGGAGGUCUUGACGGGGUUACCUACGAGGGUCUUCUCCAGAUAGCCUUGAUGGAUACCCAGCAUAAGCUGGCAGGCUACCUGACAGACAUACUCCAGGGGCGGCUCGCGCUGCCUUCCUCGUGGAGCCACGGGAAGAUCACACUCAUGCCCAAGGUGUCGCAGCCGCAGGGUGCUAAGGACCUCCGCCCCAUCUGCCUGACGCCUUGCCUUGGCAAGGUCUUUAGCAAGAUCCUCAUGCGCAGGGUGCGCGACGCGUCACCGCCAUAUCAGGCGGGCCAGAUGGGCUGUCGUCCGGGAUCGCAGGCCAUAGACGGAGUGGCGGCAGCUCAGAUGAUCGUUCAGCAGCUUCGAUCUCGGGGCCGCUGUGGAGCCUGCGUGGCCAAGCUGGACAUACGGGCGGCCUUUGACACGCUCUCGCACUCGGCGAUCCUGGAAUGGCUCCGACAAGGCCGGCCAACGACCGAGAAGGUGCUGCUGUGGGAAAUGUGCAUCCAGUCCAGAAUUACUAUGGGCAUUGGCGCCCGCCGGUGGGACCAACAGUUGGAGAGGGGCGUCUUGCAGGGCACCUCCUACAGCGCGGACCUAUUCUCCCGUGUCAUCGACUGGUUUCUGGGUCCGCUUAUCGAGCAUUGGAGGACGGAGAGGUUCCCGGACUGGGAAGCCCGGGUGGGGCCACUAGCCCACCUGCUCCUUUAUGCUGACGACCUCCUCGUUUUCGCCGACACACCCGCCGACCUGCAGACUAAGGUGCAAGGGAUCGAGGACUGUCUGGCAGCCAUAGGGCUGCGCAUUAAUGCAUCUAAGUCAACAGUCUUGGGCCAGGUUCAGGGGCCCGCCCCGGGUGUUUGGCUCAGAGGGCAACCCCAGCCCAUGCCUGCGGAGGAUCACCUCUUGUAUCUUGGCGUACCCCUCUCGUACAUCCUGGACACUGAGGUCAUGAUCGGCCAUGGCCUGCGCAAAACUUUCAAUACGUAUUAUGCUUUCCGUAGACUCCUUCAAGGCAUACACACCCCCCUCAAGCUCAAAAUGUUGUUGUUUGACUCCUACAUCACUUCUAAGUGGGCGUGGUGUGCUCCGGUGUUGUGGCCCAGCGCAAAGCUCCUUAGGCGCCUCACAGCCUUGCAACAUACCUAUUUGCUGGGCGUUCUGGCCUUCACGUCGGAUUUUGUCUUGGGCUGGUUGGGUAAUGAGAUUGCCAAGCGACGGGCGGUCCGGGAGGUGUGUGACCGCCUCUUGCAGGGUCGGGCAAAAUGGGCAGAGAUUUGGGUUCGUCGGGUGUGGAGGUAUUGGGGGCAUCUUAGCAGAUCGGAAAUGAACACCCCGGUGGUGUCCAUGUUUCGGACGUGCUACUGGGCGGCGGUGGCCACGGGAGCAACCCGGCCGGUGUGGGUGCAGGACACCGUCCCCCGCAGGCUGCAGAGGGCGUAUAUGCGCUUUCGUAAGGAUGCGUGGCCGGCCGCUUGGGAACUGCUUGCGCAUAGACGCCCUGACUGGACGCUGGCGGAGGAUGUCUGGUCACGCUACUGGAUUGCAGAAUCCCCUGCACUUGGCCAUCCCGACAUGUUGGGGGGUAGGCAACUGCUCCUUCUUGGAGACCUGUCGGCCAUACUAAGGCCGUCCAAGAUGCCACCAGAGCUACCCUACGCGCGGGCAGUUGUUUGUGUGCCCUACUAUGCUAGCUCGGCUCGCCGGGACAAGUGGGUCAUAUGGUUGGUAGAUGGGAAAGCCGCAGUCACCGCAGCCAUUUGUCCUCCAGGAGGUGGCCCCGACACCCACACCUGGAUGCAGAUGCGAAGCCCCUCGCCCCAAGCCUCGGCCGCAGACAGUAUGGCCCGGAAGUGGCGCUUCCUGCGCACGUGCCGCGGGGCCCUCCCCGGUGAUGCCGCCGCAGUCCUCGCUCUGCCCUCCACUCUUUUCGUGCGCCAUGUGUUGGAGCACCAUGUGGGACUGACUGAUUGGACGCAUGUCAUGAGCAUAGAGAGACUGCAUGUGCAACUGCCAUGGCUUUUGGAUGAGUGCACGCUGCAGCCUAAGAAGACCCCCAAGGAUUUCCAGUUGGUCUGUGAACAAGCGGCCCAGUCCUUCCCUCCGGGCCGACAGUUCCUGCUUCGCGAUGCUUCGGGCUCCACUGCGCAGUUCUUUUAA